AACAGACCUAUAUCGUAUUUGUGCGGAGUAAUUUGACGUUCGUGUCAAAUUACGUCUCUCAAUUUAUCUUUUAGGAAAACGAUAACGUUCAAUUCUACAAUGACAUCGAAAUUGAAGAACAGAGAGUGCGUAAAUAAAAUCAGACAUGGCUCACCUAAGCUGCAGGAGGUGUUGCGAGAGAAAUGUCGUCAGAAAAUGCGAGAGAAGCGGGAGCAAUUAUUUAAUAAACGUAGAUUUGGCUUGGAACUUCAUUCAAGACAUAUGCAGGAUACAUUGACAGAAAUAAUACGCCAAGAAUUCAAGAAUUUAGCAACAUUAGAUGACGACAAUAAAAGAGUUAUAAUUAAAGAGAUUGAGGAGCCACUAUCUCAGGAAGAAGCAAGUGAAUUAGAAAACGAAAUUGUUUACGAACAAGAACAAUGGAUAAUCCAAGAAUACGAGAAGAUUUUGCAGGACGAGAUCGAACACUUAACAAUGUACGCUGACAAUGAGAAUAGAGAAGUAUUUUGUCCCAUAUGUCUGAAAGCUAUACUAGCAGAGAAGAAUAAUUGUGUGGGUUGCCCAGUGUGUGGACUAAAAUUGACAGGUCAUACCAUGCAAAAAGUGAGGCAUUUAAUUAAUGAAAGUGUAAAUAUCCACGCAUUCAAUUGCGUCAAGGUACCACUAUUCACGAUAAUACCUGAUAACAGUAAUGUUAAUUUGUAUCUGAUAUGUCAUGACUGUUCCACUUUGGCAUUGAUUUGUUGAUUAUUCAGCU